GCUGCUGCGAGUCUUUAUGUGGCUGUGAGUUGUGGCAGAGUCAUACAGCGGGAGUGCUGCCUGGGAGUGUAGAUGGUAUCGCUGGUGUCAGGGGGGCUGGCAAAAGCCGCGCUUGGAUUUAUACCUGUUUCACUGCGGCUUCCACUCUGCUUUUUCGUCUGCUGCUUCAGAUUCUAAUGGAUGGUUGGAGCUGGAAGUCAACUUGUUUUCCUGGAACUUCCUGUUGAGUAACUUGAGGUUCACUCACUUUACUUGUGACUCAUUUUUCUGGUUUUGGAAAACCAUACAAAGGUCCUUACAGAUAAAGGGGUUUUUCAAAGAAUAAGGUGCUGAGGUUGAAUAACAGGUAGCAAAGAUGCCUAUACUUAAGCAGCUGGUUACCAAUCCCACUGCCUCAAAAAGGCGCUCAAGGGCAGACCUUACAGCAGAAAUGAUCAGUGCUCCACUGGGAGAUUUUCGGCACACAAUGCACAUUGGAAGGGCGGGUGAUGCCUUUGGAGACACAUCCUUUCUCAGCAGCAAGGGUGAUGAUCAUCCAGAGUCAGAAGAAUCUGUUCCCAAGCCGGGACUGCUCUCCAGGACAUUUCGCAGCAGCAAACGGUCACUUUCAGUGACGCGAAGUGACCGCAGAGACAUGCUAGGUUCCCUCAGGGACUCUGCAAUCUUUGUUAAAAAUGCUGUUUCCUUGCCCCAGUUGACUGAGAAAGAGGCUGAAAGGAUUUCUUCCAAGAAAAUGCCAAAAAGCCUGUCUUCCAGCCCAGUAAAGAAGGUGUCUGAAGAGCAGCGUGUCAAUGGGGCAUCUGCUCAAAGUCCAACAACCCUUCCUGAUAUAGCCACUGCAGAGAGGGAGUUUGGAGAACUAACAGAUUUGCCAGAGUAUGCACCAAAGAGCAGCUUUGGUAUGAAGCAUGCAGAGUCUAUUAUGUCAUUCCAUAUUGACCUUGGCCCAUCCAUGUUGGGGGAUAUCUUAAGUGUCAUGGACAAUAGUCAGUGGGAGAAGGACCUGGACCAUAGCCUUGACGACUUUGGUGGAAAUGGCUCUGGCUCGCUAUCUUCCUGGCAGGCAGAUCCACCCCCAACAGGUUACCCAUCACAUGCUCCUAACGUGGACAGCAGAAUACCUAGUUCUGCCAAAGUAAGCAACAGUGGGGCUACCAAAGACAGCCAUUCUAAGUCCAGAGAUAGAUCAGUUGUCAUGGACAACAAACCAAAGAAAGGGAGAGACUUUUCUUUUAUGGAUGAGGAAGAAGAGGAAGAUGAGAUCAGAGUAUAAAGAGGACUCAUUCAUUAAAUCCAAAACUCUACAUAUUUUUGUAAAGAAAAAUGGGGGGCUGAUAUUAUAGAAGCUAAGCCUACAUCAUUGUUGAUAUGUGCUCUGCGCAUCAACAACUAGGUAAUUACCCAUCCAUCCAAACUCCAAGAUAAAAUGUCUUUUUUUCCAUCAAACAGGCUGUCCCAUGGAUAUAUAGGGUCAGUGUAGAGUCAAGCAGGGCUGUUCACUAAUAUACAAGACCUUAGCCCUUGUUGAUAUAUAACACAUAGCUUGUGGCCACUAAAGCUGGGUACUGAACAGAGGAUGGGAGAAGUAAAGCCCUUUAAAAUAACUGGUCUCUAGACUCUUUAAAUCUCUGUUUAUGCUUUGUCUAGUGUCUCUUCCUUUUAAUUUUGAUCAUAAAAAAAUGAUUUGAAUUGAUGCUUAGAAGAACUGAUGGCAAGGGGUGAGGAUGACUAAACAUGUCCCACUCGCUUGUGUUCCUGUGAUCACAUUCCUUGAACUGGCCAGUUUGUCUAAAAGACAUUCAGCAUUUCUCCUGAAAACCACAAACUGUGACAAUCUGCAAUGAAUGGGUUGUGUGUUGGGGACGAUCAGUUGUGCUAAGCAGAUACACAGAUACUGUGUGCUAGUUAUUGAAUACUCAAGCUGUGCCCAGUGAUUCACUGAUGGAGGCCUGCCAACACUAAGGGGUCACAAGGUUUUGAGUUACAUUGCGGUCCCACUUACAAAAAUAAUAGACGGUUAUGGACGUAGGCUGCCCGAGGGCAAUGCAGAACCAUACAUUAUUUUCUCUGACGGAUUAUUUAACUUUAGACAUAUUGAAUACUGAUCUUUUAUUAAAGCUACUCCAUCCCUGAGUACGACUUGUGCUAGAGGAGUAUUGUGAUAUUAAUAGAAGACACUAUGCAUUUUCUGACCAUUCAAAAUAUGGUUACCCUAUGCGAUAUCCUCUCCAGAAUUUAAAUGGAAUAUUUGCUUUUGAUUUUUUUUUUUUUUUCUGCUACUUGAAAAAUCAAAAACAUUGAGCGAGGAAAGAAGAAAAGAUGGUACGGCUGUUUAACCACAGCAUUGAGAGUACUGUUUGCCAAGAGACUGAAACCUUUACUGUAUAUGGAAUACAGAUUUAUUUAAGUUCUGUACCUGUUUUGUUUUGUCAUUUGUAUAAAAAAAUUUUAUUCCUGUU